CAAACAGACUGCAAGGUUGGAGCGCAUGGGGUGUUCAUGCUGCUAACACAGGAGGUUUUUGACCCGGGGCAGGAAAUGUUGGUGGAGAGCAGCACCAGAUUAGGAGCCAGAACAGAACUGGGCUCAGCAGUCUAGAUGGACGUCUUGACAGAGGUGGAGAGACUGAAGAGGACUUUGACGCAAAGAAGAGUAAAAGAAGAAAAGGUGAAUGAGCAAGAGGCCAGACAAGAGCGGAGUAACUUUACAUAUCCUCCUUCUUGUCUUUAAUACCUGGCUUUACUAAGAAACAACACGGAAACAACAGCACAGAAAACAUCACUAUCCUCAAGAGAUACCAUGAGUAAUCCGACUGGAGUUGAUGCACAAUCUGCCCAAGAUGAAGAAGACCGUGAAAGUGAAUUGCUCUGCUUGAAGAUUAAAGCCCAGUUGGAGGAUUUGUUCUCUGACAGUCACCUGGCAAGGGACAGCUUCUUGUUGAAACAUGUGCUGAAGAACAAGCAGGGCUACGUCAGUCUCAAGCUCCUCACUUGUUUGAAAAAGAUAAAGGUCCUGACCAGAGACUGGUACAUGACUCUAGCAGGAGCAGCGCACUCAGAUAUCCUGGAGCUGAAUGAUGAAUGCACCAAAGUGAGGCGGAUAGAGCCGCUUCCCAAGCAGCUCCUGUGUUCGCCCACCAGCAGGCUCCUUCUCAUCUGGAACCUUUCUGUGGACAAAACUGAAGAAGACCUGGAGCACCCUUCACUCUCAGAGGGGAUCCUCCGAAAGUUCUGCGUUUACGGCAGCAUUACCGCAGUCUGGAUCCUGCAUCCUGACAAAGAGCUUCCCAAGGAGUUGCAGUGCUAUGCCAAGCGUCACAAGGAGCUUAGCCAACAUUUUUGUGCAGUGGUGAAGUUUGGAGAUUUGGAGGCGGUUCGUAAGGCUUACAGUGCCCUGAAAGCAGAAGAAGAGAAGUCUAACGGUGAGGGCAUGUGUGUGGCACCUUUGGGAUUCCACCAAUCAAUCCACCACUUCACCAAGGACCAACCAUCAGAGGAAAAUCACAAGGACCGACCUGAAAAUCCCCUGGAAAAUCCACUUGAAACCUCAGAGGAUUCAGUCCAGAAGGAACCCUCUUCACCGGUUAAAGUUACUCACGAGAGUGCAGAUACAUCUCAGCACCAGGAGUCCUCAGAUAACUCCAUACAGAGAACUUCUCAACAAGUCGCCACCAGCUGUUCUGGACAGUCUGCCCCUGAUUUGUUUCAGAGUUACAGUAGGAGGAGCUUGUGCUCUGGAGACUUUGAUAAAAAUGAUUCGCAGAGCCCCUGGGUGCUCAGACGCAAAUUGGCAGCCAGCGCCCCCUGUUUGAUGCAAAGAGCUCUGCGUCAGCCCUUUGGCCCCAACGGCACCAAGGGAUUUUGGGGUACAGGAGAGCCACUAAACCUUCCCUUGCAUGACGUAAUACCACCCAUGCUGAAUAACGGUGGCAGAUUUGUGAAGCAAAUGUGAAUGCUAUAAAUAUUUAAAAGCUGUUGACUUUAAUAAAAUUUGUUUUUUGCAGGAUUACGAAAACUA